UCCUGACCGCCGGCCUGCGGUGCCGCGAGGAGCUGGAGGCUCGCGUCGUCGGGUAUCCCGCGCCACGACUCCCUGACAUUCGACCGCGUGAGCCAUUCCUCUCUAUGGCCAUCGGCCACCCGAAGGGUUGUGUGUGCUCUGUGCUUCCCAUCAUGGUGCCGUAUGGACGCUUCGGCCGGGCGGGCGGGCGGGCGGGCGGGCGCUUCGUCUUGAUCCACCGCUGAGAUGACGAUGCCUCGUCCGGCCACCGAUAGGGCUGCCGGGGAAUAUGAGCAGGAUGUGGUAUUUGAGUGCGCUCAGACGUUCCGCCAUUUCGGCCACCGCUGGAGAGGGGCACUGGUUCAGACGAGCUGCCCGGGUCUCACAUCGACAACAUCCUGGAUCACCCGGCCGGGGCGGUCCCUGCCCGCCACCAAAGUGGUGAUCCUCCUGGGCUGGGGCAAGUCCAGGCACGACAACCGUGUGCCUGGCCCCUCCCAGCUUCGGCGCCGGGCGAGGCCACAGGGCCGUUGUGCUUCAACAGCCAGUCGGAGGCAUCUUCGACUCAUACAGACCAGCCUCCACUCGAGCCUGCGCUCCACACACCAACUCGCACACUUCCAGCGCAUUGAGACGCAUCCCUCCUGGUCGUGACAUCGCCUGUACCGUACAGUACAGUACGGCUUAGGUUUGACAAGAACUCAAUCUCGUGCGGUUACAUACUCGUACGAAGUACAUUUGCCGUCCUGCUUGCAAAGACCGGAACCCCUACCUCGCGGCCCACAACUUAAGCCCCGCCGUGCAUGGUAGCUCGAACUUCCUCCCGGUCCGUCUACUGCGUUCCAGAUGCUGAUAUCCAUUCUAUGCGCUCUGAUGUGGAGUGGAUGCCCUGGUAAACACCAUUGGGCCACACUCGUGUCCAGACCUGGGCACCCAGGCGUUCGUCGUCUACAAGAACAAGGCGCACAGUCUCCCGGGGCGGCAUCCGCUUUCCUGGCUAUGCCAUCGGUAGCACGGACACAUAAUCCAUACACUCUGCCACAUAGCUUCGUUGCUCCCUCUGCUUAGGGAGACAAACUUUCCCCUUUCAUUUACAAGCGGCACUUGGCUCGUCGUCGGUCGUUUGGCACACUGACGCACGGGGUUGUCUCAUGAUACGUUCGACCCCCUCAUAGUCGAAGACGCCAGUCGCAGCUCGUCUUCACUCGAGACAAAAAUAGGCACCUAGUCGAGCAGAACACAGACUGAAGGAGAACACGGCCCACCUGUUGCCGACUCGACACAGCCACGGAUGUUCUGUUUCAGAACCUACUGAAGAGUUGACAGUGGAGAGCUGCCUCUCUUGACUCUGCUCGGGCCGUCAAAAGUUCGACAACACUCCUUUGGGCAACCAGACACAGCUCAACGUGCCCGCUAGCCCCCCUCAUUGCCAACCUGGACAUCACAAGCCCACGGGUGUUUCGGCUGUUUCGAUCUGCUCGGAUCAGCAGCUUGUCAGUGCAACCGGCCCACUACACCUGCCUGUAUCUUCAGCAGCUCUGCUCUUUCUGGCUGCCAUAACCAUUCUUAGUUACUUCGCCCUCUCUGCUACAUAUCAUAAAACCACGAGCACUCCCGCAUCUACAUCAGCGGAGACUCCAGACGAGACCACUGCCGGGAUUAGCAUCUCACAUCGCCAGAGCGGCAUCUGCUUGCGACCUAACAGCGUGGAGCAGCGUACCUUGUUCUACUUACUGUCUUGGGUAUUCGCAUCGACCUCUACUCCUUUGGACGGCAUACAUUUUGCGAGAGUAACGGACAGUCUUUCGACAGGGCCUGAAGCGUUCCUCAGACCCUCACAAUCUGCAACCUGUAUUGUUCGGUGCUAUGGACGUGAUUUCUUUGCUCAACCAGCCAUCUGGACCAAGCUGCCACAAGGCAUCUAGCCGAGAGUCAACACCACCAUCGACUGCGAGAGGGAGCUCGACGGUACCGUCAACAGCACUCCCAACUCCGUCACCAGAGACAACACCACCUCCCAGUCACAGCGAAGGGACACACAUUAAAGGACGCAAGCCAUGGAACGCAGGCGGCUAUUCAUUGCCUCUACAAAUUGUCCCCAAACUGCGAUCAACCUCAACUUCAAUCAGCGAGCAAUUUGAGUCGGAUGUUUCGUAUGACCUGACGCCUGGGACAAGCAUGCAUUCUAGAAACGGUUCCAUAGACUCGGAUGUCGUUCCCCCGAGAGAACUGGGUUUCUUUACAAGGCCAGAGCUGGUUCGCGCCGCCACAACCGACCUAGGCAACCGGCGAACGGACACCUGUGAAAGAAGGUUCGAAUACGGGGAGGAACGCGCCCGCGAUCACGAUAGAAGCGAGCCUUCCAGGCACAAGUUCUCCGAUAGCAACAGCAGCCUUUCAUCUUACAGCUCGUGGCAGUCCAGGUCACAUUCCCGGAUCUCGUCCGUGACGACAGUGGGCGGGCCCCCAAGCUUUGGAUCAUCGCUCGCGGAUCGGCCCAUCCUUGAGUCGAAAGGUGGCGAGUGCGAAGCAGUGGCACACCCGCCAAAGCGGCUUCCUAGCCACAGUUCCUUCUCGGGCAAUGCCCGGCAUAGACUGCCGGGGCAUCCCGAGAGCGACGAGCUGGAGAGGCCAGCGAGCCCGACUGACGCAGUCUUGCUGAUGAAAACGCCAUCCCGGAGCCACCAGAGCAUUGAGAGUCCUUGGGAUCCUGUCUCCAGUACUGGCCCGUUUCCCGAUCGUUCCCUUUCCCUCUCUACUGAGCAACGAUUUCCUUUCAUUGUUGAUCAGAUCCGUCAAUCAUAUCACCACGGCUUGUCGCCGUUUCUCUGUGCCAUUGCGCGAUAUCGUCAACUAGAUCAAGAGCUGACCAGGACCUUUCUAUUCAGUCAACCCUUCAGCCGUACCGCACAUCUAUUUUCCACCGCGAGACUUCACAAGAGAGCAACUUCUGCUCCCGACUUCGCCGCGGCACCUGCAUCGUUGGUGCUGACGCACACUUCCACGCCAGCAUAUUCAGGGCUGCUGCCGCCGCCACAUCAGACCACAGCUAUGUCUGCCACCAGCUCGCCCGUGCCACGGGGAGAGCCCACACCGAUCUCUCAGACUGCUCUCGGCCGGCCUGACGAGGCACACCGAGCAGCUUCGGCUCGUGCUGAGCCGGAGAGGUUGGGAUGUCAAGGUCCAUCCCGGACCGUGCCUAGCUCGCCACUCAACAGUGCGGCAGGCGUACUCACCUCUGUCCCUCGCUCAAUUUCUCUUGUGGACGACGACAUCGAUUUCUCAACGGACACUCCGGAAGAACCUCGUUGCAUGUUUGUCGCCAACUGCGACACCGGCUCACAGCUGCGCAAGGCCAUCUCGCACCUGUUCGGCCGCAACAAAUCAUGCACACUAAAGAUCCCCAAGGACGUCUGGGUGUACUACUGCCGCAAGCACUAUCAGAGAAUCCGUUAUCGAAACGCACGGACGUACCCGAGUAACCAGAUGGAGCUCGUCAAGGUGCAGAUCGUGCGGCUCCAGCGAUGGAGCGAAGCAAACAAGGCCAAAGGGGGCGGACCAUGCAUCAAGCGGUGGACUUUAUCUCUGCGAAAACGCGAGCAGAAUCGCCUUGAGAACGGUAAGGGUGCGGUCGACGAAGGUGAUGAGGACAACAUGGCCAGCCAGGGAGGCAGUGCCGUCCCGGAAUGGAUCAUCCAACUGCUCGGCGACGGCUACACUACGGAGAAGAUGCUCGAUAUUGCCGAGCGCCUGCACCAAGAGAUUGCAAGGGGCAGCCUGAGUACGGUACCGGAGAUUGAAUUCCUGCCUGACAUCGUCGAUGGCGAGAACGGCACGUCAAAGCCCGUCAGAGCACGACGUCAGGACAGCGGUUCGAAAACGCCCAAGAGAAAAGCACUCGACUUACCCGGCCCAUUCAGACAUGAUCCGGCCAGUGGCGACGUCCUCUCGGACGAGCAUGACGAGGGUGAGGAGAUAGGCGAUCUGCUUGUCCACUCUGGCAAACGGGCGCGCAUUGCUAAGACUAGCGGCCGCUUGCCAUACUACGGCGCACAAGACUCGUCGGAUCCUCGUCACUCCCAGCCUACCCAUGGGUAUAUGGUUCCGGUCUACGAAGACGGAUAUGGAAGGGCCAUGUUUCCGCCUCGUGCUCCGCAUGUGGUCCCUAAGAUGAACCCCAUAGAGUAUAGCCAUGCCCAAACCCCUAGAGACUACGACCAGCUCGCACAAUCGCCUUUCGAACACCACAGCCAACAUCACACGAUGGGCGAUGUCUUCCACCGCAGCACCGCCGCUGCUUAUGGUUCAGAGAGCGCUAGAUACGCUCCCAGCCACGUCGGCAUGGACUCUCAGCCAGCCCUUCCGUCGAUCAGCUCUCGCGUCUCAAGCGCCGCCGGGCUACAGCAAUCGGGUCCGACAGGCCGAGCUCAUGCGGUGGGACUCAAUAGCCACGUGUCUGCCCGGCCAUCUCAUCAUCGGUCGGCGAGCGCAUACAGUGUCGCCAGCCGCAAUGCGCCAACGCCCACCCGCCCCUCUAGUUCCGGAACGGGUGACCAAGCAGGCUUCGUCCGCAGGGAGAUGCCUGAGGCGAUGUAUAGUAUCAGCUCUCGCAGCCCCCAGAGUUUUACUGCAAGAGACCGUUGGGCAGCCCCGAGCUACAGCCCCAAUCGGCCCUGGCCCCAUGAAUACGGCCAGGCAUUUGCUCCUCGACAGCAGGUGGUGCAGCAGUCACCGGGUCACAGCCAAGCGACUCACAUGCAGACUACCAGUCCGCGCGCCGCCGCCGCAUACGGCUCGGUUAACCAAGCGGCCGCAGCCGGCGAAGGCCGCACACGUCCUGAUGAUGUGUAAGGAACUGUAGUCAGGGGACGAGAUACGGAGGCCGAUACACCCGACGCCGCGAAUACGCGCAGACGGGAUAUGGCGUGAUCCGAAUGCUCGGAGGAAUCUGCCUCGAUGCCACCUCAGUGUAUACUAAUAUUUGCCGCCGUCAGGCGGACUUGACGAACCUGCAGCGAGAAGAGCUUCUGCGCUCAUGGAUGACAGAUGAUGCCUGAGCAGGCGACGCGCUCUGACUUGUUGAAACAUUCUUUUCUUUGCAGGUCACAUGUGGGGGCAGGAGUCGUACAUGUGCGAAAGGGGGCGUUAAUAUUCUGGAAGUCGGGGAAGAAUGCCACAAUGGGCUGAGAUGUCUAGGAACUAGGACACGCGACGACUGGUUGACGAGCAAUGUCGAGCUGGGACGGCCCGGGCUUUGACGAUAAAGAAAACGGACUGGAGGUGGAACAGGCCUGGACACGGCGGCUUAUGAGCUUUUGCUGCUGGCAUGUACAGUAGAACGAACCAAGACGACUUUUCGCAAGUGAACCC